CUGAUUAAAUGUAACAACGUCAAAAAUAAUGAGGCAAUGAAAAAAGAGAUCCAGAAAAUAUCAGGCUUGAACUGUGAAAUCAAAACCUUAGACAUGAAGAAACCGCGCAUUAAGAUCGUCGAAGUCGACGGCGACAUCGACCCGGGAGACAUUGAAAAUCUAAUCGUUUCUCAGAACUUUCUGAAUUACACGAACGAUGACCACAAAAUCGUUCAUGUACUGAAUAACAAAAAAAAAGGCACAAAAACAAUCUUCAUGGAACUAGCGCCCUAGCUAUUCCACACGGUCAUGAAAAACAAAACGGUCUACAU